AUGCUGGCUGUGGAAGUCAGCCAGAUGCUGGUCGCAGCACCCAGAGGUGCAUUCACAAAUCACUGGGCAGUGCUGGUGCCGGGAGGACUGGAAGUGGCUGACAGAGUGGCCGCCAAAUACGGAUUUAUAAAUCUGGGACAGAUUGGAACCCUGGAGGAUCACUACCAUUUCCACCAGAGCAGAGUGGUUCGCAGAGCUGCUUUUGCUGUUCAGGGCCCCCACACCUUCAUUCAUAUGGAUUCCAAGGUAGAGUGGGCCGAGCAGCAGCAAGUAAAGCCGAGAGUGAAGAGAUUCAGCCAGAAUGACUUCAUGCACUUCAGUGAUCCAAAGUGGUCCAACAUGUGGUACAUUCAUUGUAUCGACAAGAGCAGCCGCUGUCACUCAGAGAUGAAUAUUUUGGCGGCGUGGCAGCGAGGCUACACCGGCAAAAAUGUGGUGAUCACUAUACUGGAUGAUGGUAUCGAGAGGAACCACCCAGAUCUGGCACAGAACUAUGACCCACUAGCAAGCUAUGAUAUUAAUGGCAAUGACCAUGACCCUACUCCACGGUAUGACUCCAGGAAUGAAAACACACAUGGAACUCGGUGUGCAGGUGAAGUUGCCGCAGUCGCCAAUAACUCUCACUGCAUCGUUGGAGUUGCCUACAAUGCUCACAUUGGAGGUAUUCGAAUGCUGGAUGGGGAUGUGACAGAUAUAGUGGAAGCAAGGUCCUUGGGAAUCCGACCGGACUACAUUCACAUCUACAGUGCCAGCUGGGGGCCAAAAGAUGAUGGAAAGACAGUGGAUGGACCAGGGCAUUUAACCAAGCAGGCCUUCGAGCAAGCCAUCAAGAAGGGCCGCAAAGGCCUGGGUUCUAUUUUUGUCUGGGCAUCAGGUAAUGGUGGUCGACAGGGUGAUCACUGUUCCUGUGAUGGUUACACCAGCAGCAUCUACACCAUCUCCAUUUCCAGCACCACUGAAAAUGGCAACAAACCCUGGUACCUGGAGGUGUGCAGUUCCAUCAUAGCCACAACCUACAGCAGCGGAGAGUUUAAUGAGAGGAAGAUAGUACCACUGACCUCUGGGGAUCGCUGCACUGAUGGUCACACUGGAAUUGUCUCUGCUCCUGUUGUUGCUGGGAUCAUAGCCCUCGCUUUGGAGGCCAACCUUUUGUUGACAUGGAGAGAUGUGCAGCAUCUGCUGGUGAAGACGUCCAGACCGGUCCACUUGAAAGCAGAUGACUGGAAGACCAAUGCUGCAGGACACAGAGUCAGUCACCUGUAUGGCUUUGGCCUGGUAAAUGCAGAGGGCAUGGUUCUGGAAGCGAAGAAGUGGAGAACUGUUCCUUCUCAGCACAUGUGUACUCACACACCUGAUCGACGCACCAGGUACAUCCUUGCUGGUCAAAGCCUAAACAGCAGCAUCUCUACCUCUGGAUGCUCGGAGCAAUCUGAUCACCGUGUUGUUUACCUGGAACAUGUUGUGGUCAAGGUCCAGAUUAUCCAUCCUCGACGAGGAGACCUGGAGAUAUACCUCAUUUCACCGUCUGGAACAAGAUCACAGCUACUGGCCAACAGGUUGUUUGACAGUUCCAGUGAGGGCUUUAGGAACUGGGAGUUCAUGACAGUUCAUUUCUGGGGUGAGAAAGCAGAGGGCUCCUGGACUCUAGAAAUCUCUGAUUUACCAUCACAGCUUCGUAAUCGUGAAGUGCUGGGAAAACUAAAGCAGUGGACCUUGACUAUUUAUGGAACAUGGGAGCAUCCGUAUCACCCAUCCAAGGCUCUGCACUCGCGUUCAGGGAUGGUGGACAUCUCAAACUUGGAGGAGAGCCAGGAGGAGCAUCAGGAGGAGGACAAUGAGUACAGUGGACCCUGUAACAGUGAGUGUGGAGACAUGGGCUGUGACGGGCCGGAUGCUGACCACUGCCUCAACUGUGUCCACUUCAGCCUGGGAAGCUUGAAAAGUGGCAGAACCUGUGUGAGCCAUUGUCCACUGGGAUACUAUGAAGACAUAAUGGUCCAUCGUUGUAGACGCUGUUACAAAGGCUGCGAGACGUGCACUGACCAAACAGCUAACAAAUGCCUUUCCUGCCGCAGAGGACUUUACUUCAACAUGCUCAACUCGAGCUGCAUCAAUACCUGCCCCUCAGGUUAUUUUGCUGACAAUGAUCAUAGACAGUGUCUGAAGUGUCUUGACUCAUGCAUGACAUGUGUGAGGGAUGCAGACAGGUGCACCACCUGCAGCACAGGAUACAGUCUGGCUGGAAUGACGUGUGUUCCUGAAUGUGCCAGUGGAACUUUUUUCCAUCUGGAGGAGAUGAAGUGCAGCUCAUGUCAUUUGUCAUGUCGGAGUUGUACAGGUUCUGGUAGGGAGGAGUGCAUCCAGUGUGCUGAAGGCUACAUGCAGCAGGAGUGGAGGUGUGUGGAGACCUGUACUCAUGGAUACUACUCUGGAGAGGCAGCAGGAUUUCCUCAUGAAAUGUGUCACAAGUGUGAGGAAAACUGUCUAAGCUGCAGUGGUCCUGGAACAACUUGCACCAAAUGCAAAGAAGGUUACAGUCUGGUCAACGGCCAGUGCAUCAUGAACGAAAUUUGUAAUAACGCGGUUGAGGUUUUCUGUGACAUGGUCAAGUCCAAUCGUCUGUGUGAGAAGAAGGUUUAUCGUCAGUUCUGCUGCCGUACCUGCUUGAUGAACAGAUAAAGAGCCGAGCGUCGACUGACUGACCAUCCUGUGGAUUGCUAUUUGUUCCUCUGUCUGUGUGGAUGAACUGAACUGUUGUUUGAACUUUGAAGCUCACAUUUUAUUUGGAUAUGUUGGAGGUUGAUGUGAUCUCCAUCAGUGGUUUCAUGGACAUUGUACAGUGUGAGGAGCCUCUCCAUCUACUCCACUUUUUAAAUAACUUGCUUUUUACAGCAACCAGCACAUUUAUGCAAAUAUCGUUUGGACACAUCACUGUAAUCUUUUUUAUUCCAUUUCUUAAUACCACUUCAGUAUGGAAUCAGAUCUGGAAUCUGAUUUCAAUGAUUGUAUCUUAUUUCAGUUGUGGAUGCAGACAUGUGGAACCCAAGGGUUCCAACUGAAUUCAGCUGAGGUAUUACCAAAUAAAUAAACUUAUCUGAGUCAGCUUUGUUUUAUAACAAAUUUAAAAUAACUAUCUGUG